AUGCAACUGCGAUGGGCGUUGAAAGCACCAUGGAUGGCGCAGCGGUCUGUCCGGCUGUUCCACACCACCAGCAUCACAUCGGUCCGAAAACUGCAUCCGAUCCUGCUUGGCAAGGCAGAGAGUAUGAACAAGGAGUACGAGGCUCUUCAGGCGAGCCCUAACGAGGACCAGUUCAAGGACAAGAAGCUCAUUGCGAAAAUCAACUUGCUUGGUCAGGUGACGCACGAGCUGGACUCGUACAGAAACUCGAUUGUGCAGUACGACGAGCUCAUGAGCAUGUGCGAUGAUCCCGAGCUGAAAAAGGAUGCUGAAGAUGAGAUCCCCACCGUCGAGGCUGAGGCUGAGAAGGCUAUCAAGAAGCUCGAGACUUUGCUUCUGCCCACACAUCCUUACGGCGACAUCGGCUGUAUCAUCGAGAUGCGCCCUGGUAUUGGAGGAGAAGAGGCCUGUUUGUUUACCGACAACCUGCUGAACAUGUACACUGGCUAUGCCGACGAGAUGGGCUGGCCGUACCAGAUUACUAACGUGACUCGUAACGACAAGGGUGGCAUUACUGAAGUCAUCCUUUCAGUAGACGGAGAGGGAAGUUACAACAUGCUUCAGCAUGAGGGAGGAGUUCAUCGAGUCCAGCGGGUUCCUGUCACCGAGUCUUCUGGACGAGUCCACACAUCUGCUGCCGCUGUUAUCGUUUUGCCCCAGAUAUCAGAGAGUUCCGUUGCUGCUGAUGACAUUCAGUUUGCUCCUGGCGAGGUGCGAAUCGAUGUCAUGCGAGCUCAGGGAGCCGGAGGACAGCAUGUUAACAAGACCGAGUCGGCCGUUCGACUGGUUCAUAUCCCCACCAAGACAAUGGUUGUGAUGCAGAACUCGCGGUCACAACGCCAGAACAAGGAGAUGGCCUUUAUGAUUCUCCGAGGCCGUCUGGCUGAACAGAAGCGACGCGAACAGGCUGCAAAGAGCAAGAACGCAAGAACCAGCCAGGUGUCUGCCACCGACCGAUCUGACAAGAUCCGAACAUACAACUUCCAUCAGAACCGAGUCACGGACCAUCGAUGUGGGUACAGCGGUAACUUGGACGUGGUCAUGUCGGGCAAGAAGCUGGAUGCAGUGUUGGAGGCUCUGGAGGACCAUUUUAGAGAGGAGUCCAUCAAGGAUCUCGAGGUCCAGGAAUAA